CGCUGUUUCCCUCAUCAUCAUCAUUUCUGCGGAUAAACAUGAGCUUCCAGAGAGUUCACCGGAGCUGAGGGCCUGAUCGGGAAUGCCGGAGCCCGCAGAGAGUGCCUUUUCCCCGGUCUGCUGAUACAGAGAAGCCGCGCCGAACCCUGUACUCUUUUGUCUGGACUGGAGCGCCACACCCGCCGGACACUCGGAGACUGCGCUCUUAAAUUGAGUGUCGUGAUUGAAGGAUCUGCCCUGCUGUCUCACACACACACACACUCUCACGUCUGCGUCGUCAUGUUGGCCCUCCUGCUGUUUUCUCUGCUGGUGCUUCAGUCUCACGCUCUGGAUGUGCGUGUCCCAGAAUCCCCUGUGGUGGUUCUGUUUGGGUCGGAUGCGCUGCUGAACUGCUCUUUUUCGGGUGUUUCUGCGUUCAAUCUGUCGGAUGUGAGUGUGUUCUGGCAGCUUUCGGACACUAAGCGCUCCGUCCACAGUUUCUGGAAGAGUCAGGAUCAGCUGACGGAUCAGGAUGAGCGUUUCUCCGGCCGCACCACGCUGUUUUCGGAUCAGCUGAUGGUUGGAAAUGCCUCGCUGCGCAUUAGGAAAGUGCGCGUGGCAGAUGAGGGAACGUACUCCUGCUUUGUUAGGGUGCAGUCGUAUGGGAGCGCUGCCGUCAUCAUGCAGGUGGCAGCUCCGUUCUCCAAGCCGCUGGUGUCCUGGGACUCGGACUCCAGUCUGAAGCCGGGUGAUGCGGUGUCCCUGAGCUGUGUGGCGUACGGCGGGUUCCCACAGGCGCAGCUGCAGUGGCAGGACGGAUCCGGACACAACCUGACAGAGAACAUCACUGUCUCCCAGCUGGCCAAUGAGGAGGGGUUAUUCAGCGUCAGGAGCGUCCUGAGCGUGCAUCUGGAGCCCAACAGCACAUACAGCUGCAGAAUCACCAACCCACUGCUGGGGGACGAGAGCCAGGCCUCGGUCACCAUUACCGGCCAGCCUCUGGUGUUUCCUCCAGUGGCUCUGUGGGUGACUGUGGCUCUGGCUGUGUGUUUGUUGGCUCUGCUCAUCGCUCUGGCCGUCGUCUGCCGCAGGAAAAUCAAGGAGAGCUGUGAGGAGAUGAGAGCCGAAGAGGAAGCAAAAGAACUGGAGGAAGCCAGAGUAUUAGAAGAAGCCAAAUCAGAAGCGACUCCUCUGAAGAGCUGAAGCUGACGCUCAGCCUAAUGAACUGACGCUCAGUGAGAGACUCAGCAAAAUCAUGGCUGUCGUAAGGGAUCAAACACACACACACACACACACACACACACACACACACACGGACACCAGAAACAUCCCUUUUUCAUGAGGAUGAAGAUAAACCGUGAUGCUGAAACACUCAUCUUUCAUCAAAGUUCUGGGGGACUUUUCUAAGUAAUUAUUAAUGCAUCACUUUAAAAUUUUAAGUUAUAAUAUUUUAGUGACUUUAAAAAAGGUGAUGUAAAUUACUUUAUAGUUUAAUUAAUUGGCUUUUAAAUAAAUGUUGCUGGACCCUGCACUGGAUGAGAGAAUGCUGGAAUGGGCAGAACACAUGGAUGAAAAGGAAAAGGGGAUUAUAGUGUCAUGGAUGUGUCUGUGUGUGUGCAUGUGUGUGUGUGUGUGUGAUGUGUAUCAAUCAUUGUGUGCAAAUAAAAUCAGCAAAACACCAAACCCAGGGCCCGGUUUUUCAAAAGGUUUCAUCCGGAUAAAAUCGGAUUUAGUAAUCCUGUUUUUGCGAUCCGUGAUCACGGAAUCCUGCUUACUUUUUGGGCCCGUUUUUCAAAGCAACAUCGAAUUAGAUCAAUCAGAUCCGGAUAGGAACUUUUCAGGUUCACUAAAUCUGGAUAACCAGUGCUCCAACAGGAUUGGAAAUCACAAUGUAGAACUAAAGAUAAGUAAAGAAUAAGCCAGUGUGGGGUCAAUAUAAGUUUAUUUUUCCACAUUUUCAUUACAUUUUGGGCAUUAAGUCCAAAAUUCCAGUGGAUUACUUUUGAAAAACCGGGCCCUGGAGCCAGACGAGCAGCUCCACACACCGCUCCAGUUCCACACUCUCCGUCUGUAUUCAGCAGGUACUUUUAAUUGUGGGUUUUCUGUCGUCUGAAAUGUGCCAAAGUAUUUGGAGGCCUUAUUGUAGACAUCGCUGUGCCUGACUGUUAUUGCGUAUGUAAAUUAAAAGAUCUCAUUCUUAAAGCUU